GGAGCCGCAGCGCGUCCGGGCGCUGCUGUGACAGCGGCGGCGCUUUCCCUUCCGCCUGGUGGGGACCACGCCGCGCUGCGCCCCUCCCGGCCCAGCCCGGCCCGGCGGCGAGAUACUGUGCCAGGCGCAGGCCGGCCACUCUUCCAGCUCCCUGCCCGCCGAGCCUCGAGCCCGCCGUUGCGGGGCGGGAGGCGGCCAUGUCGCUAUUGUCUGCGCUGGUGCCCUUGCUCCGGGUGUACCGCAUCGGCCUCCUCGUCAUCCUGCAUCAGCUGCGCCGCCGCCUCCGCUUGCGCUGCCCCCCGGCGACGGUUUCGCCUCAGACUUCGGCCCAGAGCCGCGCAGGCUCAGCCUCCCUCAGCCCAGUUUUCCCUACACAAAAUGGAAAGGUUGCUAUAGUGACUGGAGGUGCUAAAGGAAUUGGUUACCAAACUGUGAAGCAUUUGGCAAGACUUGGCAUGCACGUUAUAAUAGCUGGAAACAGUGAGAGUGAGGGCCAAGAGGCAGUGAGGAAAAUACAAGAGGAAUCUUUGACUGGAAAAGUGGAGUUUUUAUACUGUGAUUUGGCUUCCAUGAAGUCUAUACGGCAAUUUGUGCAGCAGUUUAAAGCAAAGAGUUGUCCACUCCAUGUCCUAGUGAAUAAUGCUGGGGUGAUGCUGGUCCCUGAAAGGAAGACAGAGGAUGGAUUUGAGGAGCACUUCGGCUUGAACUACUUGGGACACUUCCUGUUGACUAACCUCCUCUUGGAUACGCUGAAGCAAUCAGGAACGCACAGUCACAACGCUAGGAUCAUCACUGUCUCAUCAGCCACCCAUUAUGUAGGCAAAUUGCACCUGAACGACUUACAAAGCAGAUGUUCGUAUUCACCCCAUGGAGCCUAUGCCCAAAGCAAACUUGCCCUUGUGUUGUUUACCUAUCGACUACAGCAUCUUCUGACUGAAAACGGAAGCCACGUGACUGCUAAUGUAGUAGACCCCGGAGUAGUGAAUACUGAUCUCUACAAGCAUGUCUUUUGGGUUAUAAAAGCAGCCAAAUGGAUGACAGCCUGGCUAUUUUUCAAGACUUCAGAGGAAGGAGCCUCUACAUCCAUCUAUGCAGCAGUAUCGCCUGAGAUGGAAGGAGCUGGCGGCUGCUACCUUUACAAUGAGGAAAGGACAAAAUCAGCUGACGUAGCGUAUGAUGAGGAGCUGCAGAGAAGGCUCUGGACAGAAAGCUGCAAGAUGGUUGGGAUUUCUGAUGAAUCCAGAAGAGUUCCCUAGAAGAAGCCACUUCCAGCGAGUAAAUGAAAUGCAUUGACAAGCGUCUUAGGUGAAUUCUUGCAGCAUCAGCCAUCAUCUUGGAAAUCACUGUUCAGUCUCAAAGGCAAACGUGAACAGCUCUGCUCUUCACUUGAACCCCUUGUCAGCUAGGGUGUGGGGGGAAUAUUCCCAGAGAAAGAUGUAUUGGUUGGUUUUAAAUCUAACCAUCAGUUUUGUAAAUCAUGAUGUUUCAGUCUGUGAUUAAAAUACAAUCUUUAA